AUGUCUGUGAGAAGAACAGAAAGAGCACCAGAGGUUUUUUCAGAGGAGGCCUUCGAAGAGAUGCUGAUGGAGGCCGCCCCCCCCACUGCUGUGAGCAGAAACCUUAGACCAUCUAAACAACAAAUCGUCCCCAAAAUCCCGGAGGCAGUGGACGACUUCCUGAGAAAUGUCCUCCAGAGAGCGGGCCUGGGCCGGACUAUGAUCAGCUUCGAGGAGGAGUGGUACGGCUCAGCGCAGAAACUCAUGACCCAGACCCUGUGGAGGGCAGGAGUCCUCCUCGUGCCUGAUGCGCUUACACACAGGCAGCUGAUCCAGGCUCAGCUGGACACUGUGCACAGAGACACAGACCUGCUCAGACAGGAAGUGCUGCAUGCAGGGGAGCAUCUGCUGAGGACGCAAAGGGAGAGGGAUUUCUACCGGCUGCAGUACCAACGUGUCGCCGAACACAAAAGUAGGCUGAUGGAGGACCUCCACCAGCUGAAGAAACACCUGCAGUCCUACAGGCCGGCACUGAGGCGGCUCGAGGACACCAUUCAGGAGGCUAUCAGGAAGAAAAUGCUCCUCAGUUUAAAGAAAGACAGAGUUCAAAACUCCAAAGCACUGAAUCAGCAGGAUUCCCAGAUCAAGAAAGAGAGAAGCAUCAAAAGUGGCGGCACUGGGCCACAGGAUACCGAGGCCCCACACUCAGAUGACACCGGAGUUCCCACCUGCAGCAGGGGGCCGGAAACUGAACAUGAAACCAUGGAAACCCCUCUCAGCCUGUCCUACUCCAUCAGAGCCCACAAGCUUCCUAUCAGCUGCAUCCACCUCCAUCCACGAAAACUCAUCGUCGCCUCCGCCAGUGAUGACUGCAGCUGGAGGCUAUGGCUGCUUCAAGCCCACGGGGAGAAGGUGGGUCAGAUGGUGCUGACAGGUGAGGGUCACUCUGAUUGGUUGUCUGGCUGCAGCUUCCACCCAGAUGGAGGGAAAUUAGCAACAACGAGUGGAGACAGCACGGUGCGGCUUUGGGACUUCUCUUGCGGCGGCGGCUGUGUGUUGACGCUGAGCCACAGCCGGCCCACUUGGGGUUGCUGCUUCCACUCCUGUGGUCACUUCCUGGCUUCCUGCUAUGCUGACAGGACGGCGCGGCUGUGGGACCUGAGUAGCCAGCGCUGCACCCUCACCCUGCGCCGCCACACCGCCUCCGUCAACAGUGUCUGCUUCCUGCCCUUCUCCGACCUCCUUCUCACCUGCUCAGCCGACAAAACCCUGGCCCUGUGGGAUGCCAGGCUGGGGGUCUGCACUGCUAUCUUCCAGGGACACCAGCACCCCUGCAACCACUCCACCUGCAGCAUGGCGGGCCACACCGUGGCAUCCUGCGACUCCUAUGGCAUCAUCAACCUGUGGGACAUCAGGAAGCCUGCGGUGUCCAUGGCCACAGUGGAUGCCGGGCCCCGGGCUGCCAACCAGGUGGCGUUCAGCCCGUCAGGGAGGACGCUGGCUGUGGCCUGCUCCGAUGGACUGGUCAGGGUCGUGGAGGUGGACUCUCUGGUGUCCAGCAGCCUGCCGGGACACAGGGACAGCGUGCAGAGCGUGGCCUUCGACCACAGGGGGGGGGGCUGUGCUGUCAGCAGGGAGUGAUGGACUGAUCAAUGUCUGGGCCUGAACCAAGAACUGAACCCUGCUGAGGAAGCUUCAGAGGAUCUCAGAGUUGGCUGUCAGCAAGGCUCUUCAAAUAUUUCAGUUCUGAAAAAGUCCUUUUAUACUAGUAGAUAGAAUACCUGAGUCCAGUCUUUUUUUCUUUUUGUUGUAACUUUAAGAAAUAAACGUUUU